GGGCUGCUGCUGGAGGAGCUGGUGGGGGAGAGGAGAUCCGAGCUGGCAGCCCCGGCGUGCGCCUUCCCCGGCAGCAUCGCUGGAGCCGCCCCGCUGCCCUCGCCGCCCGGCCCCGCCGCCGCGCAAGAUGAAAUCCUCUGACAUCGACCAGGAGCUGUUCACUGAAAGCUACUGCAAGGUGUGCAGCGCUCAGCUCAUCUCCGAGUCCCAGCGCGUGGCCCAUUACGAGAGUCGGAAGCACGCCAGCAAGGUGCGGCUCUACUACAUGCUGCACCCCCUGGACGGAGGCUGCCCGGCGAAGAAGCUGCGGUCAGAAAACGGCAGUGAUGGUGACUCAGUGGAUAAGAACAAAUGCUGCACACUAUGUAACAUGUCCUUUACCUCAGCAGUGGUGGCUGAAUCGCAUUACCAAGGGAAAAUCCAUGCCAAAAGGUUAAAGCUGUUGCUAGGUGAGCAGCCAGCACUAAAGGCCACAGAGAGCACGCUGAGCUCCCUGAAGCAGCCGCACCCGGAGGGUGCCCCGGCGGUGCCCGCGGCGCAGCAGCGGAGGGACUCGGACCGCUACUGCCAGCUGUGUGCCGCCUGGUUCAACAACCCCCUGAUGGCUCAGCAGCACUACGAUGGCAAGAAGCACAAGAAGAAUGCAGCCAGGGCUGACCUCCUGGAGCAGCUGGGCAAGACCCUGGACCUGGGAGAGCUGCGAGGCCUGAAGCGCAGCUACAGCUGCAGCACCUGCAGCGUCACCCUCAACUCCAUAGAGCAGUACCACGCGCACCUGAAGGGCUCCAAGCACCAGACCAACCUGAAGAACCAGUAGUAGUUCACCAGAGGAGAGAAGGAGAAGCACCGAGGCCUCUUCUGUGGAGAGCAGCUGGUCACAGGGCGAGGAUGCUUCCUUGGACAGUGAUCCCUUGGGGAUUCAAGAAUUAACCUGUAACUAACCCUCCCUUUGGACAGCUCCAUGGGAUUGGUUUUUUCCCCC